CGUCUGUAAUUAUUUGUUUUGUAUGAGCGUGAUUGUGAAAAACAAUUAAGUAUUUUUUACUGUCUGGCUUGUUGAGCGUCUAAACCGUUCAAAUGGCUGGAACAAUUCUGGAAAAUCUCAGUGGCCGAAAAUUAGCCUAUUUAGUCAGCAUUCUUUUGAUAAGUCAAGUUAUAUGUUUUCUUGUUGGAGGGUUAAUAGCUCCAGCACCAUCAAAUGUGGACAGCAUUCUUGCUACAAAGUGUUUAAUGGACAAGCCCCUCGGUAUAAACGAAUUCGAUGAUGUUUGGCACAUUCCUAGGGGAAAUAACGGCAAAAUGAACAUUAACUGCCAUGUCAUUAAUUCUGAUCUGGAUGAUCCCAAGGUGAUAAGUGAUCCAAAUAUCACUCCGAAUCAUUUGGUUUUUGCGUUUCAAGCUCCACUUCCGAAGGACGGAAUGAUAUUGGACUACUCUCGAUGGAUGGCUACAUUGAAUGCUGUUUUGCAACUGGAUAUUGCAUUCAUGCGUCAAAAUCCAAUGGCUAAGGAACCCAAGUUGACGUUUCAAGUGAAACUGGGAUACAGAAAUAAGUGGGACCCUGAUGAUCAGUGGACUCUUCUUGCUAAUUCUACAGAAACAAGAGAUUUGCAAUGUUCUAUUGAUAAAGAGCGAAAGGUUGAUGGUUAUCACUAUGAUUGUGACCUAUUACCAUUGUUUGAGCUGGGCAGUCUACAUCAUGACUACUAUUUGGUAAAUUUAAGACUACCAACUGAUCUGAGUGGGAAAACAAACUUGAAUGAUGGCAUUGGUCAUAUAGAUGAUAUUUGGUUAGUGGUUAUUCACCAAAAUGGAGGGUUCACAAAAGUUUGGGUUUCCCUGAAAACAGUGUUUUUCCCUGUCAUCAUCGCGGUGCUAGUGUGGUACUGGAAGCGCAUUUGUCUCUUGUGCAGACCUCCAAUUUUGGUUGAGAAAAUGCUCCUUGGGUUAGGUAUUGCUCUUAGUCUCUUGAAUUUGCCCUUGGAAUAUCUUGCGUUGUGGAUAGAUAUGCCUUUUAUGAUUUUGUUGAGUGACAUAAAACAAGGCAUCUUUUAUGCAGCUUUGUUGAGCUUCUGGCUGGUUUUCUGUGGCGAGCAUCUGAUGGAUGAAGUAGAACGGAACAGAAUGAGAAGUUACUGGCGAUAUCUAACAUCUGUUGUUUUUGGAUGUUUUUGCUUAUUUAUAUUUGAUAUGUGUGAAAGAGGUGUACAAUUGAAGAAUCCCUUUUUCAGCAUAUGGACUUCUAAAGCUGGAUCAAAUUUAUCUCUUGGUUUCAUCAUUUUAGCUGCAAUAUCAGCCUGCAUUUAUUUCUUUUUCCUGUGCCAUUUAGUGUUCAAGGUUUUUAAAAACAUUGGUUUUAAGAGAAACACACUACCUACUAUGAGUAGCACCAGAAGAAUGUAUUAUGAGGGUAUCAUAUAUCGAUUCAAAUUUUUGAUGAUGACUACUGUUUUGUGUGCAGCACUCACAGUCAUAUCCUUCAUUGUUGGCCAAGUCAGUGAAGGUCGUUGGAAGUGGGAUGAUAACAUCAAUGUUGAAUAUACGUCUGCAUUUUUUACUGGUGUAUACGGAAUGUGGAAUUUAUACACUAUUGCUUUACUUGCUUUAUAUGCACCUUCACACAAGUAUUAUCCUGCCCAGUCAGAUGCCAUUUCAUCCACCCAAGAAGAAAUCGAGUUUAGCCGACUGACCACAUCCGAGCCUUCUCCAUCGGAGCCCACAGAAAUAUCCAGCCUCACCGGAUUAGCAAAGAAAGCCGCUUUCGACUAAAUGAACCAACGGUGCUCGUUUCCAUAUCUCAUUGAUGAUUUUACUUUCGAA